UACAGUAACAGUGUUGGAACAACUUAAUUUUUGUGUGUAAUCCAUUUAAAAUACGUUUUUUUUUGUCCUUCUAAUGAUGAAAAAUACCUUUUAUUUUGGAGGAAAAGCUAGUUCCUCGAGCUCGGUGUGGUUUGUUGACUAUAAUUAAAAGUUUUCUUAAUUCAUGAAGGCUUGGUGCCGUUUUUUAUUGACUGUCUGAUUUCUCUGUUUCCAGUCACCAGGUUUCGGUUCUCUGGCGGUGAAGCGUCUUUUUCCUCCCCCGGAUCCCCCACUCCGCUGCCAGCUCCUCUAAUUGGAAGCCCCGGUGUGCUCCGGAGGAUCUCCACCGGACCAUCUGCUGCUCGGACUGCUCGGUGCGUCACAGCUCCGCCCCUCGGAGGUGAUCCCCGGGUUUAAAAGCGCACCAGUGGAGCGGCGUCCGGAGCAGUGCGUCACGGCGACCCAGCAGCGGCAGGAUCCCCCACCACAGCCGGGCUCUCUCUCCGCGAACACCGCGUCCCGCUCCGACUGCUGCUCUCAACACCGGUUCGGAUACUUGUUUGUUUUUAAAGAUUCCAAAUAGAAAGUGCAGUUUUUUGGCGCUUUGUGACUGCGGUGACAGGACCGUGCGCAACAGCUGGAGGAUAUAAACACUCCGCUAUAUGGAUCAGGACUCAUCUGCAGCUGCGCUCACAGUUUGAUCUCACACGUUGGAGAAAAUGAAAUCAGCUGAAGAGGACGCGUAUGGCUACACGCCAAAUGUCAGCCUCUCCCUCCCACCGGGCAACCCUUGUCUUCCCUCCCAGUACCACAGCCUCCAGUCCAGCCCCUCCAUAUCUGUGUCCGUCAGUGAGCCUCACAGCUACGACUCCCAGGACGACAUGAGGGCAGCCAGUUACUAUUCUUCGUCCUCAGGAAUCCGUCCAAACGGGGCGCCAACCCUGGAGAGCCCUCGGAUAGAGAUCACGGCCUACGGUCAGUUUCCUGAGGAUGAGGUGGAGGAGAGCAACCUCCCCAUUGCCAAGCGAGUCAACUCCAUCGUGACGCUGACGUUGCCCAGCGCCGACGGUUACCGUGACCCGACCUGCCUGAGUCCAGCCAGCAGCGUUUCCUCUCGCAGCGGCCUCUCUGAUGCCUCCUCCUACGAGUCAAGUUUCUCCUACAAUUAUGAAAACUCGCCCCAGAACUCCCCCUGGCAGUCUCCCUCGGUGUCCCCAAAGGGUUCUACCCUCGCCCUGCCCGGGGAUGGCUGCGCCUCCGGUGGGUCUCCUCGCCACUCCCCGUCCACUUCCCCUCGCACCAGUGUCACCGACGACACUUGGAUUGGCCAGCGUGGCUCCAGGCCCAACUCCCCUUGUGGAGCGAAGAGGAAGUACAGCUUCAACGGCAGCGGGGCGACACAGAAGCACUUCCCGUACUCUCCCAACCACUCGCCCGGACCGUCCCCGCAGACCUCGCCCCGCCUCAGCGUCACCGAGGAGACCUGGCUGCCAAACACCAACCAGUACACCAACUCGGCCAUCCUGGCAGCCAUCAAUGCCCUGACCACAGACGGAGUGGCUGACCUCGGGGAGGGAAUCCCCAUGAAGGCCCGAAAAACCAGCGUGGAGCACAACCCCACGGUCAGCCUGAAGGUGGAGCCCGGAGGCGAGGAGCUAAGUCCCGGGGAGCUCUGUCAGGACGAACACCCGGCAAACCGGCUUCCCCUGAAGAAGGAGGGCUACUGUGGGGGGUUUCUGGAUGUCCCACAACAUCCUUAUUCCUGGUCAAAGCCGAAGCAGUACGUCAGCCCGUCCUUGCCAGCUCUCGACUGGCAGCUGCCGUCCAGCUCAGGUCCGUACAGCCUCCAGAUCGAAGUCCAGCCCAAGUCGCACCACCGAGCCCAUUACGAGACGGAGGGCAGCCGUGGAGCCGUGAAGGCGCUGGCGGGAGGACAUCCAGUAGUCCAGCUGCACGGCUACAUGGAGAGCGAACCUCUGACCCUGCAGCUCUUCAUCGGUACCGCUGACGACCGGCUGCUGAGGCCUCAUGCCUUCUACCAGGUUCACCGCAUCACCGGCAAAACGGUGUCGACGCCGAGCCACGAGGCGCUGCACAACAACACCAAGGUGCUGGAGAUCCCACUGCUGCCCGAGAACAACAUGAGGGCCAUAAUCGACUGCGCAGGAAUCUUGAAGCUGCGGAACUCGGACAUCGAGCUGAGGAAAGGAGAAACCGACAUCGGACGUAAGAACACGAGAGUCAGGAUGGUUUUCAGGGUUCACAUCAACCAGGCGACGGGCAGAACGGUGUCUCUGCAGGCCGCUUCCAACCCCAUCGAGUGCUCCCAGAGAUCGGCCCAGGAGCUGCCGCUGGUGGAUAAGCAGAGCCUGGAGACUAGUCCGGCCGCCGGGGGCGAGAGGAUGCUCCUGGACGGACACAACUUCCAGCACGACUCCAAGGUGGUGUUCGUGGAGAAGGCUCAAGAUGGUCACCACCUCUGGGAGACCGAGGCCAAGAUUGAGAGAGACGCCUCAAAGCCUAAUUCGCUCCUGGUUGAAAUCCCUCCCUACAGGAACCAAAGACUCUCCACUCCCGUCCACGUCAACUUCUACGUCUGUAACGGCAAGAGGAAAAGAAGCCAGUACCAGCGCUUCACCUACGUCCCUGCCAGCGUUCCGACAAUAAAGACGGAGCCUCACGACGACUACGACGCCCCUCUGGUGUGCACCGGCUCCGGCCUGGCGCUGCACCCCAAGCCCUUCUACCCGCCUCAGGUCGUGACCCCCAUGAUGCCCUCCGAGCUGCGGUCGUGCAUCGGCCCGUUCCCCGUCAACCAGCAGCGACUGCCGGCCAAACCGUCCUCCAGCCCGAGCGCCAGCCCCAAACUGCACGACCUCUCGCCGCCGCCCUUCUCCAAGUGCCUUGCCCCGGGCCCGGCGCUCCCCCAGUCGCCCGUCCCCCACGUCUCCAUCAUCCAGGAGGCCCCGGGACGCUACCAGCCCUCCGGCCUCUACCCGCCCAGCAGCUCCUCGUCCUCCCCGACCUCGCAGCCCUCCACCCCGACCGACGCCCCCUUCUCCCCGCCCCACUGCCUGACCCCGGCCCAGCCCGGCAGCACCAGCCCCGGGGCCCAGCAGCACCCGAAGGUGGCGGAGAGGGGCGGGUCCUCGCCGCCGACGCUCGCCGUCAGCAUCAAGCAGGAACCACAGGAGCUGGACCAGAUGUACCUGGACGACGUCAACGAGAUCAUCAGGAACGACCUGUCGAGCAUCUCCGUCCACAGCCACGCAUAGUGUCGCCUCCAAACAUCCAAAAACAAAAAGGGAAGCACCAAACAAACUUUGCUGCACAUGCUCGGACUUCAGCAUGCCGGCAGCAGGAAUCAGUGUAAAUGAAUCCGACCAGGGUCCAACGCGUGCCUUGUUUUCAUAUUUACUGCCUUUACGUAGAGUAAACUGACUUUUUAAGACGUGUAAAUUAAAUAUGUAGCAACCGAACCUGCCCUUACAACAAAAGUGUGCUUUUAGAGGACCAACAUUUGUGUUUUUUAUGUCUUUCGUGCUGCAGUUUUGUAAAUCAGUGCCUCUGAAUUAUGGAAUUUGUAUAUACAGUUUGUGUACCGCUUCAGUUUGCAUAUCUGGCUUUUUACAGAGAGACAGUUUUACAAAAGAGGGAGAAAAAAGUGCCUUUUUGACUGGAACAGCCUGAGUUUGACUACAUGACCUCAACAUUCAUUUUAAGUUGAGCUGAUGUAGCUUGGAAAAAGAGACAAUCAUGAAAUAACACCAAAAUAUUAAAUAGUGACAUCUUUAGCGGACGUUAGCCAUUGAAAGGUUCAGGUGAGGUUGUAGCAGAAAAAGCUCUGAAUGUAUUAAUUAUGUGUUUUAUUUCUCAUUUGUAAGAUAGUUUUCUUAUUUCCAAAGUGACAUUAGCACUCAAAAGUUCAGUGAAACUGUUUUUGCAACCAACGAUAAGCACUUAGCCGCUAAUUUUGUGGUGCUAUUCCAUUAAAGAGCCCUUAUUCUGCACAUAUUUAAGUUUAUAAUUAGAUUUUUGGGGUCUAUUUGAAUAUGUUUACAUUCUUAAAUGCUCAAGAAGACACUUUAUUUUUCUAAUAAUACUGCAAAUUGCUGCAGCUCCUCUGUUGGAAAUGCUCCGUUUUUGGGCUACUGUCACUUGAAGAAGCCCCUCCCUAAAACAGCCCACUCUGCUCUGAUUGGUCAGUUGGGUUUUUGAAAUUUAGGCCACAUUGGUUGUGUGCUUUAACUCCAGAUUCAUAGUGGUGUUUGACUCCGUCUACUUUACCAACAGAACAUACUGAUUUAGCUAAAAUGUAGAAAGUAAGAUGCAAAACAGCUACUUUAAAAUAAUUUUUUAAAAAUACCCUGAUACUGUAUUGAUUAGGAAAAAAGCUCCAGUUUAGAUUGAAUGCUUUUUUCCCCACAAUUUGUAGAGGUUCACAACAACUUUACAGACUUUUAUCUCCAGUGAAGUUCUUGCCUAGCUUAAGUUGUAAACCAUAGUAUUAUAGGUUGAGGUUUAAAUACCUUUUUUUUUAUUACAUUUAGUUCUCUUUAGAUUUUUAGGCCUAAACUAAAAGAAAUGCCAUAAAUUAGAUCAUUUUGUAAUGUAUUUUAUUGUAAUUUAGAGCCAUUGAACUGUGGAAAAUGUGACCAAACCAGCAUAUGGAUUAAAAUACAAAUGAAAGUACUGUCAGUUAGCAAGUUUGACCAAAAUACACAUCCAAAUACACGUCCAAAGUAACAAAAAUACCAAGAAAACUAGCUUAAACCCAUGUUAAAUUUGCAGAAAAGUUUUUCAACAAACUGCCAAUGAAUCUGGUUUCUUCAAAUCAUGCACCAGGAAAGUAAAUGUUCACUAAAAUUAACUUUUUUAGCUUCUCUUGGAAUUUUAAAGCUUCAUCAGAUGCUACACAUUAGCUGUACUAUUGUUCACGUCCACAUUCCACAACUAGAAAUCGCCUAAAUCUACUGUAGUAUACUACAAAAUAAGACAAUUUAACAGUUUCAAAGUAUAUUCAAAACAGCUUGACUGGAAAAAUAAUGUCAGACUUCGAAGAAGAUGCUAAUUUUCUGUUUGAGAGCCUAGCUAGCUGUUAGCUAGUUGUUAUGCAAAGCAGCUACACGAUGAUGUCAGUAAGUAACAGAAGAGCAGCCUGGAUAUAAAAUGAGAUGUUUAAGGCCCUAUUGUUAGCUUCUGUUUUUCUAAACCAGAAUUCAGCUAAAUCUGAUGUAGCAAACUGCAAAAUAAGAGGAUUUCACAGUUUCGUGCUGCAUUCAAAGCAGCUCUACUGAAAAAAAAUAAUGUCAGAUUUCAAGUAAGAUGCAAAUUUUUUGUUUGAGAGCCAAACUAGCUGAUAGCUAGUUUAUCAUGCAAAUUAGCUACACGAUGAUGUCGAUACAUAACAGAAGAACAGCCUGGAUAUAAAAGGAGACGUUUAAGGCAAAUAAUGAGAGAAUAGGUCGGCGCUAUGUUAGCUUCUGUUUUCCUAAACUAGAAAAUGGCUAAAUCUGCUGUAGCUAACGGCAAAAUAAAACAAUUUAACAGUUUCAUGCUACGUUCCAAGCAGCUCUGCUAAAACAAAUAAUGUCUACUUUUAAUGAAGAUGCUCAUUUUUGCUUUGAAAGCCAAACCAGCUGUUAGCUAGUUGUUAUGAAAAUUAGUUACACGAUGAUGUUGAUCAGCAACAGAAGAACAACCUGGAUAUAAAAUGAGACGUUUAGGACAGAUACAGAUAGAAUUAUUCCUUUUUUCAUGAAAUUUGGACCUUUAAAAUGCACAAAAGCAGCUAUUUAACAGAAUAAAUUAAAGGGAACCCCCCCUAAAAGCAGAAUAAGGGCUCUUUAAUGUAACAAGUUUUUGCAUUGUUUUUUCUUUCUUGAUAUGUUUCCCAAGUCUGAUGUCUUUCUUGAGUGGUUUUCUAAAAGAAAGUGACUUGAAAGCAGCAUUGGAGUAAAAACUGGUUUAUCAGAGAAGGAAUCAUCUCAGUUUGGACGAAGCUUGACGUUCAUCCUCCUGGAAGCUAUGCAACACGCAGCUCGAACCCAAAGAAACCCUCACAGCAAUACAGAUAUAUUCAUUUUUUAAUGUUUGUUUUUAUAUUUAUUCUCUCUAGCAUGUGCUCUGUUUACUCAUGUUUAUCAUACAGCUUCUUUUACAGACUGCGGUUUUUGUUUGCGCUCUUAAAACAGAAAUAAUAACUGAACGCAAACUUGUAUUUAUGAGUCUUAAUCUGUGUAACUGAAGAGCAUGGAGCGUUUACCCAGUCAGACACUCGUAACUUGGCUUUCUGAUAUAUUUUGUGUAUUUGUCAAUAAACAUGCCUUCAUCUCUUU